CGUAAAUAUAAUAUACGUUUUUUUCCAGAAUAUCUUUAUCAAAAUGGAACAGCGUGAGAUUGAAGAUGUUCAAAUAUCAGAUCAGAACUUUAACUGUGUAUUUUUUAAGACCAACCUUCGGAAAAUGCGGGUAGAAGUCAAGAACAGGGAAACAGUCAAGGGUGGUGAACAAAUCAAGGUCAAGAAUGCAGUUCAUGGAAGGGGAAAAACAGCUUGCGAGGAAGAAUCUUUAAUAGCUGAUAAGUUUGCGGUGUUGUACAGAGAACAUCCUGAUGUACAUAAAUCAAUUUCUGAGUUCCAGCAGUUCAAUUCUACCGUACAGCAGGAUAUAUCUGGUAAACUGGCAGGAUUCUCAGAGAUUGCUCACACAGACAGAUUUAAAAGGUCUGACCGAGCAUAUGUGAAUAUCCAGAUGUUUAUGUUGAAACGAUAUCUCAGAAGGAUUCAACAUUUUCAAAACAACAUUCUUCUUUCUCAAACUAAAUUAAUGGAGAGCCUGGAAACUGGAGACCCAGAUGUGAUUAAACAACAGAAAAAUAUGCAUUUUCUUCUAGUUAACAAACUGAAAACCCGGCUGAAGCAUAUACUGGACGUGUCAGAGAAGUAUGCGACAUUAGAACUGUUUGACGAGCUAUGCAGGGUGGUCGCCGAUAUAGAUGUCGCAGAUAUUGACGUGGACGGUCCAGACUUCCAAUCUAAAACUCUAGCACUGCAGAGACAGGCGAGAUCUAUGGAGGUGCUUACAGACAUUGAUAGAACAACAAACCUGACAUUCAAUAAUAAUCAUACUUCACAGCUUUCCCUACCCACAUCACAGUCACACACAGCUCUACCUUUCCAACCUUCACUCCCUUCUCUACCUUCACAACCAACCCUGACUUCCCAUCCUAGCCAACCAGUUCCGUCUGCUGUAUCGGCCAACGCGGAAUUUCAAACCACUGCUCCGGCUGGCUCUGCAGCCCAGCUUGCUGCACCGACCGGUUCGUCAGCCCAGGUUGCAGUACCGGUUAGCUCUGCAGUUCAGAUCCUGAUAUCCCCAGCAGUAUACCCUUCUUGUCCUACAUCAGCAUCCAACUCUCCACCCUCCUCCCCUGAAUCCGCCCCGGGGGAGGAGGGGCAGGUUAGAAAACGUGCUUCAUCAAUGCAGUCUCUCCAAGAACAUUUAUCUGUUCUUAGUAAAACAUACAAGAAAACAUUUUCAAAUAGAAGAUAGACGCAUUCAGUUCAUUUAUUUUUCAGAACCAAUCAGAUAAGACACAUUUUGUGCAUUUUUUCUCCUGAACCAAUCAGAUAGACGCAUUUCGUGCAUUUAUUCUCCUGAACCAAUCAGAUAGACGCAUUUUGUGCAUUUAUUCUCCUGAACCAAUCAGAUAUACCCAUUCAGUGCAUUUAUUCUCCUGAACCAAUCAGGUAGACCCAUUCCGUGUAUUUAUUUUCCUAAACCAAUCAGAUAUACCCAGUCCGUGUAUUUAUUCUCCUGAACCAAUCAGAUAUACCCAGUCCGUGAAUUUAUUCUCCUAAACCAAUCGGAUAAACGCAUUUCGAGCAUUUAUUCUCCUGAACCAAUCAGAUAGAAGCAUUCCAUAUAUUUAUUUUCCUGAACCAAUCAGUGACAGAUAGGCACAUUCCGUGUAUGUAUUCAAUGCAUUUACCCCCCUCCUAUUUGAUAUUCUUUCUUUAAGUUUAAACUUUCCAUCGUUUCUAAUUUUUCUGGUAUAAAAUGACAUUCCUUUACAAAAAGCUGUAUUUAACAUAAACCAGCGUAAAAAUCUUUCAG